UUUUUGCCUUUAAGCCUAAUACUUCUUCGUUGGUUCUUAUAGAUUCGUCCGGUAUAUAUAUAUCGUAUAUAUACCUACAUGUUGAAGCUGUUUAUCGUUGGAAAACAGUGGUCAAGAAUAAAAAACUUUUAAAAUGCUUCUAUCAAAGUCAAAAUCUCCGGAGGACGUUAUCUCUACCCCGGUUGAGUCACUUGAAUCAUCGAAAUCUUCACCUUACAUUCCUGAUGAUAAUACCAACUUGAAAAGAGAGUUGAAACCAAGACAUACCUCUUUUUUAAGUUUGGCUGGUAUUAUCGGUCCCGGUAUAUUGGUUGGUGCUUCUCUUGCUUUGAAGAAUGGACCCUUAUCUUUACUUUUGGGUUUCAGUAUCAUUGGUAUCGUUGCAAUGAUUAUGAUGCAAUCUUUGAUUGUACUUAUAAUGAAUUAUCCUACUGGUGGGGUUUUUAGUUCCUUGGGAUGUAGAGUAGUGGAUCCUGCUUAUGGUGGUGUUGUUGGCUGGUGCUAUUUCAUAGUUUUUGUUACUGUUUUAGCAAAUGAAUAUAAUACCACGGCUGCUCUUUUACAAUUCUGGGGCCCUCAAGUUCCUCUUUAUGGAUAUAUCUUGAUGUUUUGGGUGGCCUUUCUUGGGUUUCAAUUCUUGGGGGUUGGUGUCUUUGGUGAAGCUGAAUUUUGGUUGGCUUCUUUAAAAAUUAUCGGUAUCUUUGCCUUUUACAUUUUUUCAAUAGUCUAUAUGAGUGGUGGUAUUAAAGGCCAACCGGCUUUUGGUUUCCACUAUUGGAAUGACCCUGGUGCUUUGGCUAAUGGGUUUAAAUCAGUGGUUGCUACUUUUGUCUAUGCUUCAACUUUUUAUAGUGGUAGUGAAAUUCCUGCUAUUGCUGCUGCUGAAUCUAAAGAUCCAAGAUCUUUACCAAGUGUUGUCAGAAACACUGUUUUCAGAAUCAUCUUUAUUUAUAUUGGUAUCGCAAUCUUCUAUGGUGCUACUGUUCCUUAUAAUGAUGAAACUUUAAAUGCAAAUACAAAGGCUCUUCAAUCUCCAAUGAGUAUAGCUAUAAAAAGAGCCGGUUGGAAUGGGGGUGCUCAUUUAAUUAAUGCUUUUAUCAUUGUUACUUGUAUUUCAGCAAUCAAUAGUUCUAUCUUUAUCGGUUCAAGAACUUUAUUACAUUUGGCUAAUGAGGGCCAGGCUCCAAAACUUUUGAAAACUGUUAACAAACAUGGGGUUCCUUACUUCGCAGUCAUUUUAACUAAUGCUUUCGGUUUAAUCUCUUUAAUGAACAUCAGUACUGGUGCUGCAAAUGCUUAUAACUAUAUCGUGAACAUUUCAGGAGUGGCAGUUUUCAUCGUCUGGGGCUCGGUUUGCUUUUAUCAUAUCAGAUUCAGGCAAGCCUGGGCUGCUCAAGGCAGAGAUGCAAACGACUUAACCCACAAAGGCUUAUGGUAUCCUUAUUUGCCAAUAGCUGGAAUGACUUUGAAUAUUUUUCUUGCUCUAAUUCAAGGCUGGUCGUAUUUCAAGCCUUUCCAAGCAAAAGACUGGGUUGAUUCCUACAUCCUUCUUCCUUUUUCCAUUGUAUUAUUUUUCGUUUUGAAAAUUGUUAAUAAAACAAAAUGGGUUAAACUUCAUGAAGCUGAUCUUGACACUGGUAGGUUUGUUGGUUAGCUUCUUCUUAUUCUUUCUUCUGCGUUGAAC